AACAUAACCAAACAAAUUAGCAACAAUAACAAACCAAAAAAAAUAAAACAAACAAACUAUUAACACAAUAGUAUAUAUAUCAAAAAAAUAAAAAUAAUAAUCAUAAUAAUAAUAAUCAUAAUAAUCAGUCAUAAUAAAAAUAAUCAUAUUAUAACCUUUAGAGUUUUCUUUUUAUAUAUAUUUAUACAUUAUUUUAUAAACACAUAAAAGUUUAAAAAAAACAUUAUUAUAAUAAUAUUUUUAUAAAAUUAGAUAAAAUAAUUUAAUAUUAUAUAAUUGUAUUAUUUCAAAAAAACACUCAAAAAACACUCAAAAAAAAAAGAUCAGUAAAUUUUUCAAAAAUCACAAAUUUUUUUUAAAUAUUAUAUCAAAAAUCAAAUUUGAUAUAAACAUAUAUAUAGAUAAAAAACAUGGGUAAUAUUUGCGGAAAACCAGAGAUGGGUACAGCAGAAGAAAUCAAAACCAAUCAAAAUAUUAAUAAUAUGUUAAAGCAAGCUAGAUCAAGAUUAGACGGUGAAAUUAAAUUACUUUUAUUAGGUGCAGGUGAAUCAGGUAAAUCUACAAUUGCUAAACAAAUGAAAAUUAUUCAUUUGAAUGGUUUCACAGAAGAAGAAAAAUCAUCAUACAAAACCAUUAUUUAUAAUAACACAGUUGGUUCAAUGAGAGUUUUAGUCAAUGCUGCCGAAGAACUUAAAAUUGGUAUUAGCGAAGGUAAUAAAGAAGCUGCAUCUAGAAUUUCAAACGAUCUUGGUGAUCACUUUAACGGUGUUCUCACCCCAGAAUUGGCUCAAGAUAUUAAAGCCCUUUGGAACGAUCCAGGUAUUCAACAAGCUUUCCAAAGAUCAUCUGAAUUCCAAUUGAACGAUUCAGCUGCUUAUUAUUUUGAUAGCAUUGAAAGAAUUAGUCAACCAAAUUAUAUUCCAAAUGAAAAUGAUGUUUUACGUUCACGUACCAAAACUACUGGUAUUAUUGAAACUGUUUUCGAAAUUCAAAACAGUACAUUUAGAAUGGUUGAUGUAGGUGGUCAAAGAUCUGAAAGAAAAAAAUGGAUGCAUUGUUUCCAAGAAGUUACAGCAGUUAUCUUUUGUGUUGCUCUCAGCGAAUACGAUCUUAAACUUUAUGAAGAUGAUACUACAAAUAGAAUGCAAGAAUCACUUAAACUCUUUAAAGAAAUUUGUAAUACCAAAUGGUUCGCCAAUACUGCCAUGAUUCUUUUCUUAAAUAAAAGAGAUAUCUUCUCUGAAAAGAUCACCAAAGUACCAAUUACUGUUUGUUUCAAAGAUUAUGAUGGUCCACAAACCUAUGAAGAAUGCUCAGAAUAUAUUAAAAAACAAUUUAUUAGCCAAAACGAAAACCCAAAGAAAUCUAUUUAUCCACAUUUAACUUGUGCUACUGAUACCAAUAAUAUUCUUGUAGUAUUUAAUGCUGUCAAAGAUAUUGUGUUAAACUUAACAUUAUCAGAUGCUGGUAUGGUUCUCUAGGUUUCCUCAGUCAUGGUGGCCAGUAUGUUUUUAACCUAUUUUGGAUCUCUUUAAUAAAAAAAACAAAAAAAAAAAAUUGUCAAAAAAAAAAAAAAGAAAAAAAAAAGAAAAAAAAAAAGAAAAAAUAACUUUGUGUAGAAGAUAGCAAACAAAAGAAGAAGGAGUUGUGGAGAUGUAAUGCAUCAGAAUAAAAAUAGUAUGUUUAGUAACGAUACAAAUACUGUAUUAUAAUUUUUUAAAAUAAAAAAAUAAAAUAAAAUUUAAAAUAACAAAAUUAUUUAAUUUUUAAUU